AGUAAUCAAACAUUCAGUGGUGCUGAGGUCUGGACUCUGGAGUGGUCAGUCCAUCGUUCAGCUUCUUUGUUUGAUGUGUCCGUCUCCUUUUCUCAGUGAGGUUCUUCUUGGUCAGCUACACGUCCGUUCAGACCCACAACGCUGAGUGGUCUUCUCACAGUGGAAGGAUGGACAGAAACACCUGUGGAUGCUUUCAGAUCUGAAGCAGCUCGACUUUCUGACCCUGAAAAAUGAAUAGCUUGUCCUUUAAAAAGAAUUCCACCAAGAAUUCAACCAAUUACCAAUUAUAGUCUUUCAGAGCGGUUUGGUGUGAAACGGUUCAGAUGUCUUCACAGUGGUUGUGAUAGGAACCAGGGGUCACCAUGACUCCAGCACAAAUGUAGUCAUUUAUUUACUGUCAAAACCACCAGUGAACCUACACAUGUCUUCUGAAUAUUUCUAUGUACUUGAGGACUUUAACUUGACUUGAGGACUAUUUUGUCUUAGCACACCCUGUAUGUACCCCUCCACCGUUAAAUGAUUAAAAAAUAAUACACUUCAGGCCACAACUUUAUGUCUGAACCAUUGUGAAACAGUGUCUCAGGCAUCAGGCAGUGAAUUCAUAACCAUUUCACCUAUUAGCUUUCUGUGAAGGAGCUUUUAGAGGUGGACGUCUGGUUCCUAUCACCACCACUGUGAACAACUAGGGAAGCUUCUCCAGAACAGAGCGUUUCGCUUCGUUUACAUCUCAAUCAUUUACAUCAAAAUGCUUAAUCCCCUUUAGUGGCUAUUUGGACAGGAAAAUGUAUAUGAUUAUACUUUUGUACAGUAUUGUAUGUGACAUUUUUUGUUGCUUUUACAAUGCUGUGCUUUUUGUACUCCACCAGAUCUACUAUAUCACAACUCUUUGGGAGUGUUGAAUAAUUCCUGACAUUCAACAGUUGGUUUUGUUGCUCUGUAAUAGAGUUUAUUUUAUUGUAUUAUUAAACGUAACAGUCAAAAAGUCAUGUUUUUGUUCUACAUUAUAAAUACACGUUGUCUCUAGGAGGGAAAGAGAUGAGAGGUGACAAGGUCAUCAGAUUUAUGCCUUCGGGACUCUCUCUCUCUCUCUCUCUCUCUCUCUCCAGUCUCCCCUCCUCCUUCCCCUCUUUUGUUGUUGCCACCGAUCGCUGGCAGCGCUGCCUAGCAACCAGGAAACACUUCAGUGUGUGCGUGAGAGACACUAAACGCGUGAGCUGCUGUGGAGCGCUGCACCGCACAAGACAGCAUAAGAAACAAGAUACAGCCACCACAACGUAGCAAGCAUCACUGCUUUUGAGGCACACCUGGAUACAGUGAGGUUAUUUGGAUGAUAUAAUCUGCUGACUUAAAUCGACUCAGCCAGUUCAGUGCAAUGGCCUCCAGUGGGGUUAGCGCUCUGCUGCCCCCUGUGAAGAGUGUGGUGGUGUAUAGGAACGGAGAUCCUUUCUUCACAGGGAGAAGGUUCAUUGUGAACCAAAAGCAGACCUCCACCAUGGAAGCGUUCCUAAAUGACGUAACAGUCAGUAUCGGAGCUCCACUGGCUGUAAGGACUCUAUACACCCCACGGCAUGGCCACAGGGUGCCCGACCUGGAACAUCUCCAGCAGGGGGCGCAGUAUGUGGCUGCAGGCUUCGAGAGGUUCAAAAAGAUUGAUUAUCUGAGUGUGGGUCUGAAAAGAGCGCCAGUGGUCAGGGCUGGAGAGGCUAAAAUGCUCAGCAGGCCCAACGUGUCUGCAAAGUGGAGGAAAGUCAUAACACUGCCCUGCAUUAUACAUGUGUUUAGGAAUGGUGACAUUCUGAGCUCUGCCAUGCGCUUCAUCAUUCCUCGCAGCUUGCAGAAAAAUCUGGAACAGAUCCUCAGCCUCAUUUCAGAGAAGGCCAUGCUGCGCACUGGAGCUGUUCGCAGGUUGUGCACUCUGGACGGCAUCACGGUGACGUCAGUGGAGGAGCUGGAGAGCGGACAGUGUUACGUUGCCGUGGGAACGGAGCGUUUCAAGAAGCUUCCGUAUGUAGAGCUGCUGCUGAGCAAAGGACCAGGAGGCAGUGCAGACAGACAUUAUGCAGGAGAUCGAGGGCUGCACAGGAGAUCAGAGAUCAGGAAGGCCUUUCCUCAGGACAGCCACAGUGACUCUGCAUUGCUUGACUCACCUGAGAGGGACGACCGGCGGGUGAAGUCGACAGGUGACGAGGUGGCAGCGGGGAGUCCCUCUCAGCCGCUCCAGAGGAGAGCAGGGGACGGCGAGAGGGAGGACAGUUCAGUGUUCUACGCCAAACCCGUCAGAGUCCGCAAACACAGACCUGCACACAGACCUACAGCCAGAGCAGCAGCAGGCCAGCCAAGUGUUUUUAAAGGUGUAAGCAGGAGAAGAGAGGAGGUGCGAGGAGCCGAAGAGGUGGCAGAGGAUGAGAGCACAGCCACAGAGCUCCCUGUGGACCAGAGAGCUGCUGAAGUAGUUGAGGACGAGGAAUUUAACAAGAGCCAACCAGAAACCAAUCACCAUCAGGAGCAUACACAAGCACCUGAAGAGCCCAUGGCAUCAUCGACACACUCCAGCCUGUCUCCUAGUGACAGAGAAGACCAGGCGCCUGGCACAGAGACGUCACAGAGAGGGAGCUUUUCUCCAAUACAAACACAAAACGGCAAGAAAUUCAGUGAAGAUUUACAACAUGAAGGAAGAGGCCAAGCUGAUAAAGAUGAAGGUUCCCAUGAUGCAUAUCCAGUGAGGGCUGGACAGCACAGUUCAGUGGCUGACCAUGCUGAAGGAACCCAGUCCUCAUUUGAACAGACCGAGUGACCUGCUCGGCAGGGUUAUGUAUGGCGGGGGGGUCUAGCUGAUGUCCAGUCACACCUUAAACAUGGCCUACCAUUACAUCCACACCAUUCAUCAAAAAUUUGAGGACACCUAGUCUGAGUAACUGAUUUUCACUGUGACCUUUCCAUGAAUUAUGAACUCUGGCCUAGUUUUGCCUGAGCUGGCUCUAACAUGCCCUUACCAACUUCAGCUCACCACCUACGUUAUACAAGUGGCCGCUCACAAUACAAGAGGAGGAGGGGGCAGCGAGGGGUCAUUCGGUUGAGAUACACUCGCCCUUGGUUGGGUGAUUGAGAGAGUCAUAUAGACAUUCAAACUUCAUAAGGCAGAAUGUUACAUUCUGUGAAUAAAUUCUGUGAGUCACUGCUUUGUCUGGCUGUACGCUUUGCUAUAGCAAUGAAGUUGUACCAGCAGUCAUGUAAACAGCCGGAGCAGUUUGCUUCCUCAAAGGCAAUCCGAAUAUAGCAAACCGAAUAUCAUGACUUUAAAAAAAGCAUUUUAAAUUUGUUUUUCUGCUAUGGGGUUUGAAAAGGGAAACUUUCUGAAGAAGUUCUGCUGCUUGAGUCGACACUUGUGUUGACUCUGUCUCUUCCCCCCAGAAUGCUCAUCUCACAAACCUCUCUUUUGCUUAUACCGUAAGAGAACGGCUAUAAAUAUCGCUUUGGACAUUCCCCCCCCCGGAAGUGGUGAGUUGACGACGGUUUUUCAAAUAAGAAAACACCAGGCUUGCUCUGGGAGAUGUUUAAUCAGCUCCACAAAUCUCUGGAACUCUGCAGGACCACUCGGAAAAACUGACAGCGGCUGUAGGAGUGAAUGUACUGUAGUGGUCAAUUGUUUUGAGCUGUCGUCAUGUGUGCCAUUAUUUUUCUUAGAAUGAGCCUGAUUAAUCUUGAAUAGUGCAAAACAGCUAUGAGAAUAUGCUGUUUUGUUUAAAAAAAAAAAAAAUAUU